ACGAGUAUAAAAGAUACUUAAACAGACAGAGAAAUGAGAAAUUGAAUUUAAGUGUUAUGAAUAUGACAAUUAACAAAAUUCGGAAAAAUAGUAAAAUAUAAACAUGAAGAGAAGUGUAGUAAUAUUCGGACAAAUUAGUUUGUUGAGUCAUUGUCCAACAUUUUUUACUACUAUUUUGCCGUUUUCUCCGCUAUGGUUGAUACAAAGUGACGGCACCAAAAGAGGAUUAAUUAAUCAACAGUUGAAAGAUUCACAGACACCGGAUUACAAUGUUGAUGUCUUGGAUGGAACUACUUUAGGAUUGCUUAUACUAGCUAUCGUGUUACUAUGGAUACAUGGAAUAAUAUUCACAGCAGUUGGAUGUAUGUUUGUAAUGAGAAGGACCCCUAGCGGACUUUGUUACAAAGUCUUCAUAAAAUGCGUUUACGUUAGCAUAGGAUUGUACAUCAUCGCCAGUUUUGUGAUGUUGACAGCAUGUGUUAGAUUCGCUGCGAUCUUCCCAAUGGAAAAGAUAAGUUAUGCUUUCUACGUCACCAUGACGAUAUUUUGUUAUAUUUGGCUUGUGGUUUUGAUAUUCAUUUGCGAUCACAUCUGCAAAAGAAGGAGAGAUGAAAAUGUUUUUCACACGCUAGUUUGCGGGCUUCGUGAGUACAACGAUGACUUUACAUGACACUGGAGUGAUAAAGAGAAUACAACGAAUCUUUGCUGAACAUACUGUAAACAAGUCUGUUAUAUAUCAGCAUGUCACUUUCAUUUUGUCCGCAUAGUCUUCGCCAGUCAAUUUGUUUUUUGCUGUGAACAAACACUUUCAUUGGAACAUACCAGUGAAGACAUUUGGUAUUUCAAAUGAACUCUUUACAGAAGUGUAAACAAGAAUUAUUCAGCAGCUGACCACAAAGCGCUGCAUUACCUUAUGAUUGAUUAGCACACGUCCGUUGCUAACGCUUAGUAUUAUUCCCCUUGACCUAGUUAGUAGAGUGUUCCCCCUUAAUUUUGUAAAAAAAUGAAAAUGCUUAAAAUUUAAAAAGUAUUUUAAUUAGAAUCACCAAACCUCACACAAAAAACUAAUUCACACAAGACCUUUUCUUACAUACAGUUUAGCCCCCUCCCCCUUACCCAGUACAAACAGGUUUUUUAUUAGAUCUAGUAAAAAAUAGGGAUAUUUGACUGUCUCUAAGUAAGCUUUUGAUGGAUCUUCAUAAAACAUUACACAAAUAUUGAUCACUACAAGGCAUUGAUGCGCGUACAAUUUCGUCAGGAUCUCUUCAUUAACCAGUUACUGAUCAUAAACUAUUUAACAAUCCAUAAAUUCCCACACAACCAAGCAAUCCAGUGAUGGAUCUUCAUGAAAUUUAACACAAAUAUAAAUCACUUUAGGGCGGUGAUGCAUUCGUAUCUUUCGUUAAAACCUUUUCAGUUACUGCCGUUUAAUUGCUUUAAAAAUCAUAAAUUCGCACAAUAGAAUGUAAUCCGUUUAUUGAUUUUCAUGAAACUUAGCGAUCACUAUAGAGCAGAGUUUUUCCCCUUGAAUUUGUAAAACACCAGAACCAACAAACCUUGCUUGCUUUUGUUUAUAACUUGUGUAUAUCUGGAAAAGUAAUAUCUUUCAAAAUAUACCCCCCUCAUUCACAUAACAACUUAUUCGGCGCGGGAUAUAAAUUCAUUGAAUUUGCUUUUUGAUGUUGAUUCUUGAUCGAAACGGAGUAGUCCAGAGAGAAUAAAAAUAUGAAACAACAA